AUGUUCAAGUCCAAACUCCGUUUUGUUUCGUUUGGUCCACCGAUCAGACACCUGGCUAGGUCAGGCUUACCUUCAUUGAAACUUAUGAACAGCCCAAGUUCAAAUUUUCAUUUGAGGAUUUUGCUUCGACCAUUCUCUGUUCAGAGACUUGCACAAUUUCAAUCCUCAAAGUUGACUUUACAAGAUCAGGAAUCUAACAACAAACAUAAGAAGGAUGACAAAAAUAAGAAGGAUGGUGGCAAGUCAAAUUUCAGUUUUACUGAAUAUGUGAAGACUAAAGAAUUUAGAAAUACAAUGAUUUUGUCCUUUUUGUUGACUUUAACAAUGAGUUUGAUGAGUCCCACAGACACCUCUAAUCAGCUCACUUUUCAAGACUUCAAAACCAAGUACUUGGAGAAAGGAUUAGUAAAGAAGCUGUAUGUGAUAAAUCGUAAUUUUGUCGAAGCCGAGCUAGUCACCUCCGGCAGUGCUCACUCUAUCGGUAUGAACUCAAACACUUUGAAUGUUUUUGGCAAACAAGUUGUAGGCUUUUCUAUUGGAUCUGUUGAGUACUUUGAGGAGCAGUUAGAAACAAUCCAGGACAAAUUGAAUAUUCCAUUGGAUGAGAGAAUCCCAGUACAGUAUAUUGAAAGGACCGGAAUUCUAAGUUAUAUUCUUCCUUUCGUACCAACUGCCCUUCUUCUGGGGGGUCUAUACUGGCUAACUUUCAAAAUGAAAGCCGGAAAGGGUGGUCCUGGUGGCCCAGGUGGAGGCAUUUUCAAUGUAGGAAAAUCUAAGGCUAAGCUUUUUAAUCAAGAGAAAGACAUCAAAGUGAAAUUUAAAGACGUGGCGGGUUGCGAUGAAGCUAAAGAAGAAAUUAUGGAAUUCGUUCAGUUCCUGAAGAAUCCUAAGAAAUAUGAGAAACUAGGAGCAAAAAUUCCAAGAGGUGCAAUUCUUUCUGGUCCUCCAGGUACUGGUAAGACAUUGCUAGCGAAGGCAACUGCUGGCGAAGCUGGAGUUCCAUUUUUGUCUGUUUCGGGUUCUGAGUUUGUGGAAAUGUUUGUGGGUGUUGGAGCUUCCCGAGUUCGUGAUUUAUUUCAGCAAGCUAGAAAGAUGGCGCCAUCUAUCAUAUUCGUUGAUGAAAUUGAUGCGAUCGGUCGAGAACGUAGUAAGAGUGGUUCCAUGGGAGGUAACGAUGAAAAAGAGGCAACUUUAAAUCAGCUACUAGUCGAGAUGGAUGGUUUUGAUAGUUCUGACCAUGUUGUUGUCUUGGCUGGUACAAACAGAGCUGAUGUUUUGGAUAAAGCUCUGUUGAGACCCGGUCGUUUUGAUAGGCAUAUCAGCAUUGAUAGACCUGAUAUUGAAGGAAGGAAAGAUAUUUAUAAAGUCCACUUGCGCCAUAUUAAGCUGGCAGAAGCUUUAACUGAUGAGUUUGCCGGUAAACUAGCUGCUUUGACCCCUGGGUUUGCUGGUGCUGAUAUCGCCAACUGUUGUAAUGAAGCAGCAUUAAUCGCUGCCCGAACAGAUUCUGACUCCGUGGCAUUCAAACAUUUCGAAAUGGCGAUUGAAAGAGUUAUUGCUGGUUUGGAAAGAAAGUCCCGAAUUCUUUCCCCUGAAGAAAAGAAGACUGUGGCUUACCAUGAAGCCGGGCAUGCCAUCUGCGGAUGGUACUUGGAACACGCAGACCCGUUGCUGAAAGUCUCUAUUAUUCCUAGAGGUCAGGGUGCUUUGGGAUAUGCCCAAUAUCUUCCACCAGAUCAAUUUUUGAUCACAGAGAUACAACUAUUGCACCGGAUGAUCAUGGCUCUGGGAGGAAGGGUAUCGGAAGAAUUACAUUUUCCGUCUGUGACAACUGGAGGCUCAGAUGACUUUAGCAAGGUAACAAAUAUGGCUACUCAAAUGAUCAAGAGGCUGGGUAUGUCUAAGAAGUUGGGAACUAUCACUUUCGAGUCGAAUAAUAAUUCAAAUGGAUUUCAAGUACACAAACCCUUCAGUGAAUAUACAGCUGAGCAAAUUGAUGACGAGCUUCGAUCCAUGAUCAACUAUGCUCAUGAAAGAUGUAAAAAGUUGCUAACUGAGAAGCUACACGAGGUUGAUCUGGUUGCAAAGGAGCUUUUGCAAAAAGAGGUGAUAACAAGGCACGACAGUGAUUAG